CCUCCCCCAUGCAAAUUUCAUGAUUGGUUUCCGUGAUGUCAUUUUGUAAAGGGGCAGACAAUAGCUGUGGGGAAAGAAAAUGAGUUUCGGGGUGAGCUGCUGAGCCAGAGGUGGACCUGUGGAGAGAAGAUCAGCAGCUGCGAGGGAGCCGCCAGCCUGCACGGCACACGCAUCAAGAUGAGUUUAGAAAAUGAUGAUAAGAGAGCACGCACGCGAUCCAAGUCUGUCCGAGUGCCCACGGAGCUCAUCGGCCAGGAGGUGAGCUGUCCAACCCCAGGCUGCAAUGGCUCAGGACAUAUCCGUGGGAAGUAUGCGAGACACAGAAGUUUACAAAGCUGCCCUCUAGCCAAGAAGAGGAAACUUCAGGAUGCUGAGGCUGAACAUCUGGUGUCCAAGAGGAAAUCCCACCCGCUCAAGCUGGCCUUGGAUGAAGGCUACAAUGUCGACAGCGACGGCAGCGAGGAGGCCGAAGCCAAGGAGGAGUCUGGCUCCGAUGAGUCUGAGGGGAUGCUGGAGGAGGACGAGGCAGAGGCCAUGGAGCAGGAGGAGAACCACAGCCCCGAGGCAGCAGAAGAGAGAAGCCCAGCAAAAUCAACCCACUACGGACAAAACACAGCAACAAGUACAUCUGGGCCCAGCAAGGCCAACUACAGCAGCUACCAAGAAAUAAUCGCCAACUCCCUCCUAAACUUAGGCCAAAUAGCAGAGGAAACCCUCGCCAUCGAAGGGCAGCUGCCUGAAGCGGAGCUGCAGGGCCCCAAGCCAGCAUCCAACGUUGUGCAUUUGGUCCAUGAGGAUGCAGGAGAGGAGUUGGUGGAGGAGGAGUGCGACAAGGAGAUCAUCAUCCAGACGGAGGACGCUGAGGAGGUCAUCGAGGUCACCAGCGAGCGCAGCAGCGAGUUGUGUCCGGAGCCACGCGACGACACGAACAGAGAGGAGUCCUGCAAACUGGAAAAGGCUGAAGCAGAAGAAGAGGAUGAGGAGGAUGAUGAUGAGGAGGAUGACGAGGAGGAGGAAGAGGAGGAAGAGGAUGAUGAGGAGGAGGAGGAAGAGGAAGAAGAGGAGGAGGAAGAGGAGGAGGAGAUGGCUCCUGAAGUGAUCUGCGAGGAAGCUCCUCACACUUCUCAGGACCCCCAGAAAAGCCACUGUGAAGGGCAGUUCAGCCCCAAGCCCGAGUACUCGGUCAUCGUGGAGGUGCGCUCGGAUGACGACAAGGACGACGACGCCCGCUCCCAGAAAUCAGCCGUGACCGAUGAGUCGGAGAUGUACGACAUGAUGACCAGGGGCAACCUGGGGCUGCUGGAACAAGCCAUUGCCCUGAAAGCCGAGCAGGUGAAAAUCGUGCGGGAGCCCAGCCGGCUGCCAGGAGAGCACGUGAAGCACUUCCAGGUGGAGGACAAACAGAACAAACCUCUGGACAGCAUCCGGAAAAGCUACUACGGCAAAGAUCCUUCAAGACCUGAGAAGAGAGAAAUCAAAUGUCCAACCCCUGGCUGCGAUGGGACUGGACACGUCACGGGACUUUACCCGCACCACCGCAGCCUCUCUGGCUGUCCGCACAAAGACAGGAUCCCCCCUGAGAUCCUGGCGAUGCACGAGAACGUGUUGAAAUGCCCCACGCCCGGGUGCACAGGACAGGGUCACGUCAACAGCAACCGCAACACGCACAGGAGUUUAUCUGGGUGCCCCAUUGCUGCUGCUGAGAAAUUAGCCAAAUCACAUGAAAAGCAACAAACCCAGUCUGGUGAUCCUGCGAAGACCAGCUCCAAUUCUGACCGGAUACUCAGGCCUAUGUGCUUUGUGAAGCAACUGGAGAUCCCUCAGUAUGGAAGCUACAGGCCCAACAUGGUCCCAGCAACGCCCCGGGCCAACUUGGCCAAGGAGCUGGAGAAGUACUCCAAGGUCACCUUCGAUUAUGCAAGUUUUGAUGCUCAGGUUUUUGGCAAACGCAUGCUUGCCCCAAAGAUUCAGACUAGCGAAACCUCACCUAAAGCCUUUAAAUCCAAACCUUUUCCAAAGGCCUCUUCCCCCAGCCACAGCCCCUCCAGCAGUUACGUGAAGAGCACUUCAUCUUCCUCCACAGGCUUCGACUACUCCCACGACGCUGAGGCUGCGCACAUGGCGGCCACCGCCAUCCUCAACCUCUCCACCCGCUGCUGGGAGAUGCCUGAGAAUCUCAGCACCAAGCAGCAAGAGGCCCCUGGCAAGUCCAUGGACAUUGAGGUGGAUGAAAAUGGGACUCUGGACUUGAGUAUGAACAAGCACCGCAAGCGGGAGAGCACCUUCCCCAGCAGCAGCAGCUGCAGCAGUAGUCCCAGCAUGAAGUCCCCAGAUGUGUCCCAGCGCCAAAACAGCACCAGUGCCACGAGCAGCACCAUGACCUCCCCCCAGUCCAGCCAGGCCUCCCGCCAGGACGAAUGGGAUGGGCCCAUUGACUACACGAAACCAAACCGCCAGCGGGAGGAGGAGCCAGAGGAGUCAGAGCCUGCUGCUCACUCUUUUGCCUCCUCGGAAGCUGAUGAGCAAGAAGUGUCAGAGGAGAACUUUGAAGAGAGAAAAUACCCAGGUGAAGUUACUUUAACCAACUUCAAGCUGAAAUUCCUCUCCAAGGACAUCAAGAAAGAGCUGCUCACUUGCCCAACCCCAGGCUGUGAUGGCAGUGGACACAUAACGGGGAACUAUGCCUCUCACCGCAGCCUUUCUGGUUGUCCUCUUGCUGACAAGAGCCUCAGAAACCUCAUGGCUGCCCACUCUGCUGACCUCAAGUGCCCUACUCCUGGUUGUGAUGGCUCUGGUCACAUAACAGGAAAUUAUGCAUCACAUAGAAGUCUGUCAGGCUGCCCUCGUGCCAAGAAAAGUGGGAUCAAGAUCACCCCGACAAAGGAUGAUAAAGAAGACCCAGAGCUGAUGAAGUGUCCCGUUCCGGGCUGUGUCGGGCUGGGACACAUCAGUGGCAAGUACGCGUCCCACCGGAGCGCCUCCGGCUGCCCCCUGGCCGCCCGCAGGCAGAAGGAGGGAUCGCUCAACGGCUCCUCCUUCUCCUGGAAGUCCUUGAAGAAUGAAGGUCCCACCUGUCCCACCCCAGGCUGUGACGGUUCUGGCCACGCCAACGGGAGCUUCCUCACUCACAGAAGUUUGUCAGGGUGUCCAAGAGCUACUUUUGCUGGGAAGAAAGGAAAACUCUCAGGGGAUGAAAUUCUCAAUACAAAGUUCAAGACCAGCGAUGUUCUGGAGAAUGAUGAGGAGAUCAAGCAGCUGAACAAGGAGAUCAGUGAGCUGAACGAGUCCAACUCAGAGAUGGAAGCAGCCAUGGUGAAACUCCAGUCCCAGAUCUCCACCAUGGAGAAGAACCUGAAGAACAUUGAGGAGGAAAACAAAAUCAUAGAGGAGCAAAACGAAGCCCUGUUCCUGGAGCUCUCAGGGUUGAGCCAGGCUCUUAUCCAAAGUCUUGCCAACAUCCGCCUUCCGCACAUGGAUCCAAUUAGUGAGCAGAACUUUGAUGCCUAUGUGAACACACUGACAGACAUGUACACCAACCAGGAGUGCUACCAGAACCCGGAGAACAAGGACCUGCUGGAGAGCAUCAAGCAAGCUGUCAAGGGCAUCCAGGUGUAGCGCUGCGGGAUGGAGAGCAGCAAGUAAACAGACUGUAAGAUGGAACUUCCCCUCCAAGUAUUCAGGUUUACAAGUUAGAAAACUUGUUUAAUGAAUGAAAAAAAAGAAAAAAAAAAAAAAAGGACCAAAAUGUAACCAAGACGCCAUUUCUGAGACAUGGAACUGAUCAAACUCAAUGUUCUCGUUUACUUAACUUUGGACCUUCUUGAGAAAAGUGGGAUUUUUUUCCACCUUGACUACGAGGUAGAUCAGGAUGGAAGGUUAAAUUCUCCAGUUGGCUGUGGGGCUUGGUAGCAGGUGAAGAGCAGGCAUCUUCCAUGAGUUGCUUGUUCUUGCAGAAUAGAUCCAAGGGUUAAAAUGUUACAAGAACAGGGUCUUGUCUGAUCCAAGACUAGUGUAUGACUGGCUUAAACCCUCAUGUUGUCUAUGGUCGUAUGUCCAGAUCACCUACUCACACAUGAGUUAUGUUCUAUGUUGCUACAAGUGCUGGAGCUGCAAGCUACCUGUAAAUCUGAACCUGUGCUGGGCCUCCCAACCCCGAAGUGUUCAGAUAUCCACUGGGCAUGGGAACUCUGAAGUAUUAUAAAGUAGCUUAUUUUUAUUUUCUGAAAGAAAUCUGAAGAGCAGUUCUGGAUCUCCAGUGGAAAGCGCAAUGGAAAAAAGGUUCUCAGGGAAGCUUUUGGAGUUUGCAACUACAGUAUUCCUUUGUCUGUCUUAAAUAUAAGAGUAGCUAUUAUGAAUAGGCCAAUUCCAGAUAUUUCAAACAGAAGAAUUUCUUUAAUGUGUCAUGGUCCGGUGUAUAUGAUUUUUUGGAAAUCUGUUUGAUGACAGUUCUGGUUCUUUUCAUUAUUGUGAUCAUCCCUACAGUGGCGCAGUACUGCCAGUCCAGAGAUCAUACAUCAAUGCCAGAGAACGGUUGAGAUUGUGAUGAACAAAACAAAACAAAUCCAAUCCAAAAGAAGCAAAAACCAACAAAAAGAGAGAUGUUAAUUGAUGGCCAGAAAAGUGCUUAUGUACUGUGAACCAGGAGUUGAUUCCUUACACGUACCCACAGGGCAAUGAAGAUGGUUUGGUUUGGUGUUCUAGGAUUUGUGCGAAAUCACAGCGAGAGCGCCAUUCUGCAACAAAGAAAAAGGGGAAAAAAGGAAAAGUAAAAGAGGAUUCAGGUAUUGGGAAUUCUUCCAAAGAAGCAGUUGUAAGCAGCUGGGUACACGCAGCCCUCCGUGCACUUAGAGAACAACUCUGUGAAUAUCUUUGGGGCACUGCUCUGCAGCACUGCUCCAUGGCCAGGGCCAGCUGUCACCCCACGGGGCUGCUCCCCACCUUCGCUCCCACCUGGAGCUCACUUCCUUCUCCAAACACUUCAGUGGGGCAGAACCCCCUGAGGGGCCCCAGCCUGGGGCGUCCCAUAUCCCACAUCCCAUAUCCUGCAUCACUCCCAGCCGUGGGACAGGCGGAGCUGGGGAGGAUCGUGUUGACCCCAACAAAAGGCAAGAGUGUGGUGUUGUUUCGAGCCAAAUCCUGCAGAUAUUUAGGGUAUAAUUCCCGAUUUGGGGAAGUCAGUGGAAAGUCCCAGUGGCUACCAUGACCACUGGAUGUGGCCUGGAAGCCCAUGAGUGGCUUGGUUGGAGUUGUUCCCUGUGUUGAGUUCCAUAGGGCAGUUGGCCUGGGUAGGCUUGCUCCCAUACUUAAGUGUUUGCAGGAUCAGACUCCAUGAGUUCACUUAUUUUAGAACCCAU